GGAUGGGUUCGUGGCGGGGAGGAAGCGGCCGCCUCUGGUUGCUAUGGUGAUGGCCGGCGGCGGCGGCGGCUCCACUUACUUGCUUCUGGGGGGUUCGGGCGCGGGCAAGACCCUGUUGGUGAAGCGGCUGCAGAAGCUGAGCUCCAAAGAUGGCGCCAAAGACCUUGGGGAGCCGCCAGCUACUCUGCCUACGGUUGGCACAAACCUUACUGACCUUCAAAUCCGAAAGAAAAUAACAAUUCGUGAACUGGGAGGAUGCAUGGGCCCCAUCUGGUCUAGUUAUUACAGUGACUGUUGCUGCGUCCUGUACAUGAUUGAUGCUGCUAAGCCUACGCAAAUCUCCUCAUCCUGCAUUCAGCUUCUGUCACUUCUUUCUGCUGAGCAGCUAGCAUCGGUUCCUGUACUCAUCAUUUUCAACAAGAUUGACCUACCCUGCUAUAUGUCCCUUGUGGAGAUGAAGUCAUUGUUCCGAAUCCAGGAUAUCAUUGCCUGUGCCAAGCAGCCCAUCACUGUUGUAGAGACCAGUGCGCGUGAUGGCAAUGGCUUAUCCAAUGUGAUGCAGUGGUUUCAUUCUACAACCCAAUGUGAUUGAAGCUGGAGAUUACUCUCACCUCAGGUAUUCACACAACAGCAGUUGCAACUGGCCUGUGGAAUGUGGUUGUGUGUCGAAGGCACCUAUUUGAUUAUAUGUGGCAUGAAACUUACCUUCUGCCAUAUCCUUUUGUGACAUUAUUAGCUGCAUAUCAUUCUCACUAACCAUUGUCGUUUACACCAAACCCCAUGUCCCUUGCUUCAUCUGCUACAAUGGCAAGAUCUUUGAUUAACAGAAUGGUGAAAAGGCAAAGGAUCCAUUUGUCCAUCCAUCCUGUACAUCAGUGAAGAAGCGACUUGCUUGGACUAAUUUUCUGUGCCGAGCCCUGCCUCCUUUUGCCCAGAAUCAAUCACAGACUUUGGGCCAUGUGAAGGAGGUGACACUUUGAAAGUUUAAAAAUAGCCACCCCUCUCAUCCUUUAAAUACCUGAUGGAAUAAAAAUGGGGUGACUAAUUUUUAGAUGGUUAGGACAGAACCAAUCUGGGGAGUUUCCUUGGGAAGGUAUUUUGAGCUAAGCAGUGUAACACUGCCGAGAAAAGAGCUUUAAAUGUCCAGGAAAUGGUCCAGAAGCAAUUGGGGGGGGGAUCAAACUAAGAUACAUUUAAGCAUAAAAGUACAUUUAAACUAAGGAAUUUUGAAAAAGAUGAUGGUGAUCUGUUAUAUUAUCAUCAGCCAUAAUCUAUGCUGUUUUUCCGACAAUUAUUGUCUCUCAAAGCUACUCAGAUCAAUAAUAAUAAAAAGAUGUACUGCCAGCAGGCUCACAAACCAGGGGAAUAGCAAAAGAGGAAAGGAUGGGGCAGGGGAGGUGAAGGAGGGAAACCAAAUCUUCACAAGUAGAAUCACAGAAUUGUAGUGUUGGGAGGGACCCCGAGGUUCAUUUAGUCCAACCCCUGCAAUGCAGGAAUAUGCAAUGCAGGAAUAUGCUGCUGUCCCAUACAGGGAUCGAACCUGCCACCUUGGCAUUAUCAGCACCAAACUCUAACCAACUGAGCUAUCCAGGCUUCAUGAACAGCUGUAAUUGGGUAGUUUUUCAAAAGAGAAUGUUUUUAAUAACAUCAAAUCAAGAUGUCCUGGUAAAAAUGGCAUCCUGCCAACAAAUGUCUUACAAUCUUCUUACUGUGCUUCUAUGGCCCUAUAAAUCCACUGUGCAAAGCCCAAAAGGAAGGGCCAUUACAAUUCUUAAAAAUUCA